AUGGCAAAGAAGAAGACAAGCAUGGGAAGGCAAAGAAUAGAAAUAAAGAAGAUAGAGAAUGAAGAAUCAAGGCAAGUCUGCUUCUCCAAACGCCGUGCCGGUCUUUUCAAGAAAGCCAAUGAGCUGUCCAUUCUCUGCGGUGCCGAAGUGGCUCUCAUCGUCUUCUCGCCGGCCGGUAAGCCCUUCUCUUUUGGUCACCCUCAUGUCGACUCCAUUUCCAAUCGAUUCCUCGCAAACUCUAUGGCAACUAGUAAUUAUGUUGAGCCAAGGCAUGGUGUCAUUAUGCGAGAGCUCAACCGGAAAACCACUGAGCUUGUUGGGCUCAGUGAAGCUGCAAAGAAGAAGAAGGCGAUGCUCGAAGAAGAGACGAUUAAGAGGAACAAUGGUGAUGAACCACAAAGAUUGUUAUGGGGUGCAAAUGCGGAGGAACUUGAUUUGGAGGAGCUGGUGCAUUUGAGGAGUUCAUUGGAGGAACUGAAGAUGAGUGUGGGGAGAAGAGCUGAGAGGAUUAACUCUGAGACGGCGGUGGCGGCGAGGAACUUGUUUUCGAUGUGUAAUGGAAUUAAUAAUGGAUUUGCUGUUGCUAGUGGCGGUGGUGGUGGUGGUUUUGUUCAUGGUGGUGGAGUUUUUGGGAUUAAUCAUGGUGAUGAGGAGGCUGCUGCUUAUAGUUUCAUCCCUGCUGCUGCUGCUGCUGCUUCUAGUGCUCAUCAUCACCAUGGUUUUGGGUAUGGACAUGGCUUCUUCUAG